AUGUCUUUGGAGAAAGGGGCUCUGUUUGGAUAUCCGCUCGGGGACAGGAGGGAGUGGCGGGGUAAGCCACAAAGAGCGGCAAGGGGGCGCGACAAGGCCCGCUGCCAGGGCGCCCGAGGCCAGGCCAGGACCUUCGGGCUGUCGCAACUGGAACCGGGAAGCAGAGGGGCGCAGACGAUGCGAGAAAAGUUAUGGAUGCCCUGGAACGGGCUGAUCGUCAUUGGCAGGAAAAUGGAGCUCCUGGGUAGAAAGACGCGAAGACCUAAAACGUGGGACCCGAAGCUUGAGUCUGAGAACUGGAGACUGGAAGAUGUAGAAAAGACAGUCUUAAGAGGAAAGUCAGGCCGGAGUCCGGAAAGGAUGGAUGUGAAACGAGUGCGCAGUGUAUCAAGUGCAUUACAGAUUUCGGCAGGUUUGCGGAAAGACAGCUCAAAGGAGGUGUGGGGAAAGCAAGAAUUCAGACACACAGUAGAGGCUGAAUCUGAGAGUGCAGGGGCUGCAGUGGGAUCUCGGAAGGGGCCUGCGUUUAAAGAGAAGUUGAAGUUUACUGACGUGGAAACCAGUGGAGAGGACUUGAGAUCCAGAGGAUACGAAGUAAAGCAGAAUGAGGAGGAGCUGAGGUCAAGUGGAGAGAAACUGAGUUCCAGUGGAGAGAAGCUGAGAUCGAGUGGAGAGGAGCUGAGAUCGAGUGGAGAGGAGCUGAGAUCGAGUGGAGAGAAACUGAAUUUGAGUGGAGAGAAGCUGGAGUCCAGGGAAGAGAGGCGGGGAUCCAGGGGAGAGAGGCGGGGAUCUAGGGGAGAGAGGCGGGGAUCCAGGGGAGAGAGACGGGGAUCCAGGGGAGAGAGGCGGGGAUCCAGGGGAGAGAAGCUGGGAACAAGUGGAGAGAAGCUAGUACCCAGGAGAGAGAGGCGGGGGUCCAGGGCAGAGAGGCGGGGAUCCGGGGCAGAGAGGCGGGGAUCCAGGGGAGGGGAUCUGGGGACAAGUGGAGAGGAGUUGAGAUCCACUGGAGAUAAACAGCGUUCAAGUACAGAGAAGCAGCGAUCCAGUAGGGAGAAGCUGGGGACUAGUGGAGACAAGUUGGCGCAUUCAAGAAUGGGGAGCAUAAAUGAAGAGCAAAUUGAGAAAGUGGUGGAAGUGAUUGGGGAUGAAAGAUUGAUAGAAAUCACCAAUGCUGAGAUGGAAAUUCCUUUUGAAAGUGUAGAGGCGAAUGAUGAAGAAGAGAAUGAGGAAGGGGUGGGGGAGGAGGAGGAUAUCUUGGAAGAAGAGAAUAAUAAUAGUGAUGAAUCUGUUUCUAUGGAAGAGAAAGCAAUUAUAGAGGAGGAAGAAGAUGAAGUGAGUGAGGAGAUGGAGAAUAUAAGAAGGAAAGAGGAGCAAAUAGGGGAUGUUUUGCAAGUCAAAGAGGAGAAAUUAGAGUGA